CUAGUCAGAUUUUUUUUCUUCUCCAUUCACCCUUCUUCGCUAGCUCAUCUUCCUGUGGAUAGCAACACCUGUUUAGUGUAUUUUUCGUCGUACAGACAGCCUCAACAUGGAUGAUUUUGAUAUGCUGAACGCACCCGCCGCUGGAAACGGCGUUGGCUCGGAGGAAGACCCAGCUGCUGCCUUUCUGGCCCAGCAGGAGAGCGAAAUUGCUGGGAUUGAAAAUGACGAGGGCUUCAGCAUCCUAGACGGUGGAGAGGUGCCUUCGUCGCUCAGAGAUUCUAACGAUGGUGCAAUCAAUGGAGAGUUCCAUGGGGAAAGCAAUGGCCCAUCAGAUGCCUAUGCAGCAAUUUCCAAUGCAGAUCGACUGCAGGCUGAACCUGAAAGUCUCCGCAAGUGGAGGGAGGAACAGAAAGAGAGGCUUGAGGUGCUAGACGCUAACUCUCGCAAGCAGGAAUCUGAGUGGAAAGAUAAAGCCAAGUUGGAGCUGGAGGAGUGGCAUGCCAGGCAGAACGAGCAGCUGGAAAAAACCAAGACUAAUAAUAGAGUGCUGGACGAGGACUUCUACAAGCAGCCCUUCUCUGACCUCAUUGGUUAUGUCACACACAUUAACCAUCCUUGCUACCGCCUAGACCAAGCGGCUGAGGAAGCCAUGAUUUCAGAUCUGGACGAGAACAACCCGGGGACUGAGUGGGAGCGAGUGGCCCGGCUUUGCGACUUCAACCCCAAGUCCAGCAAGCAGGCUAAAGAUGUGUCCCGCAUGCGCUCCGUCCUCAUCUCCCUAAAGCAGUCCCCGUUAGUCCGCUAGGCACCAGAAUAGAUUCAGAGCAUUGUUCUGUCACUCUUUCCCACCAACCCAACGACCAACGUCACCAUUUCUCUGGAGACAAAAGGGACUUUCAUCUCUUUUCUCUAACAGCCCUGUUUUUAAGCACCUGUCAGACUGAAGGGUUUCUUCCUCCUGCUCAUUUCUGUCCAACCUUUGGCAGGGCUGCUGAGAUGAUCCAUUUCUGCUCCCCUAACAAUUUUCUGUCUGAGCACUUCUUCCACAGACUAGUCAUGACUUCAUAAUGUUUGGCUCAUGUUAAGGAAACUGCAUCCUAGACCAGUUCUCUAUGAGCUGGGUCAUAAUGUCUGUGCUGUUGCAUCACACUGUAAGGGUGGUGAGUUGGGACACUAAAAGGGAAAAGUGGAUGUGUUUGUUCAGGCUUCCAGCUACACUACAUCUAGAGUCAACCCCCCUCAUAACCGAGCAAUAUCACAAUGCUGUCAUAAUUAAUGUACCAGUCUUAUUUCAGUCCUUCAGGAUUGAGGUAUUCAUAGAUUUUAUUCACAUUUACCCUCUUUUUGUCCCUAUAAAUAUAAAUAAUCUCCAACAUUUGUUUUCUUUUUAAGGACCAAACGUUUGGAAAACAGAAACUCCAGAUUCAGUUUUGUGUAGUGGCUGCUUGUGGCUUAUUGCUUUAACAUUUCCGAUCUAUACGUUAUCAUUUGAAUUCUCCACCCCUGUGCAGUCGAUGCUGUUCCAGUCAUUACCAUAUGUGUGAUGUUUGUGUUGUAAAACCUCAGUGUGUAUGUACUCUAUGCGUGUACCUAUGUACAUAUACAGAAGGCAAUAUAUACAAUAUAGAAAACAUGUAUGGCAUAUAAAUUAGACAGUUAUGGUUUAAAGAAGGAAACUAGAGACCAGCCAGUUAUGCUUGACCAUGUGUGUUCAUUGUCCAUUUGAUUUCAGUAUCAAUAAAAAAAAUUAGAUCUGCA